AUGCAUCGUUUUUUUGCUGAGCUGGAGCCAUCUUUAACCGUCACAGAGCAAAACCUGGCAGACCGAGUUCGGUAUAUCUUGCGCUCAAAUAUAUUUGAUGUCGCCGAACUCGAACGGCUACGACGUGAGGCUGUUCCCUCGUCGGAUGAGAAUGCUACGGCUGAGGAUGCGGCGCCACAAAUGGUAGAGCAACCCGCAAACGUGGAUGCCGCCGUGAAUACCCCAGUUGUGGUUGAUUCAAACGAUGAUGGAACAGUCGCCCAGGAACUGGAAUUAGAGCAUAUGAGGAGUACAUUGGAAGAGGCGAUUGUGGAAACGCGCAGUACGCCUCUCGAAAAUUGA